UGUUGUUGUUGCCGCUGCUGCCAUCUGAUGGAUAUGGUUGAUAUGGCGCCAACGCUCCCUCUUAUGAUGUCAUCAACCUGCGCCAUUGUCGAAAAAUAAACCCGAACUUGUUUUUUCAGGCAUUUCCUUUUAAACGAACAAAAAAAUAUGCAAUUUUAGUUCUAACGACGACGUUCACAUAUCUGGGAGCGUGCUAAGAACAUGGCGAAUACGGAGCCCAAUUCGCUGGAGCUUCACGAAGACGAAGAAAUUGUUGAAGUGAUUGACCUGAGCGACGCCGAACGCGAUCCGGAUGACUUGGCGGACGACUUGGAGGACAUCGACUUGGACGAGGCUGCCGCUGACGAUGAAGGCUGGGAGACGGAGGACGAGAUGGAAGCACAGGUGGAGCGGGAUGACAGCGAGCUGACCUUCUCCAAACACACCGGGUCUGUGUUUUGCGUGAGUUUGGACCCGGCCACCAACAGCCUGGCAGUGACGGGAGGCGAAGACGACAAGGCAUUCGUGUGGCGGGUGAGCGACGGCCACCUUGUCUUGGAGUGCACAGGUCACAAGGACUCGGUCACUUGUGCCGCGUUCAGCCACGACUCCUCGCUUGUGGCCUCCGGCGACAUGAGCGGCCUGAUUAAAGUUUGGAACGUCGAGGCCAAAGAAGAGAUCUGGUCUUUUGAAGUCUGCGAUCUGGAGUGGUUGGAGUGGCAUCCAUGCGCUCCGGUGCUCCUGGCGGGCACGGACGACGGCAGCGUGUGGAUGUGGAAGAUCCCCAGCGGAGACUGUAAAACCUUCCAGGGUUGUGCGUCCCAGGCCACCUGUGGCAAAGUCCUUCCUGACGGCAAACGUGCCGUGGUGGGUUACGAGGACGGAAGCGUGCGGUUGUGGGAUUUGAAGCAGGGCAACACCACCCAUCUCAUUAAAGGUCAGGAUGGCCACCAGGGGGCGCUUACUUGCCUUGCAUGCAACCAGGACGGCUCUCUGGUUCUGACUGGCUCAGUGGAUGGUUCUGCCAAGCUCAUCAACACUGCAACCGGCAAGGCGGUGGGCGUGUUCUCUUCAGACAGCAGCAAAGCCAAAGGGUCCAAAGACCAGGACGACUCCAACUCUGUGGAAUCGGUCGGAUUCUGCAACACCCUCCCGCUCAUCGCUGUGGCAUACCUGGACGGAACCUUGGCCAUUUACGACCUGUCCACGCAGGUCUUGCGACACAGCUGCCGACACGAGGCCGGUAUCGUUCACCUCCAGUGGGAGGAGUCUUCUUCGUUGGUGUCCACCUGCAGUUUGGACGGUGCGCUGCGCCAAUGGGACGCCCGCUCCGGCAACAUGGUGUCCGAGUACCGGGGUCACGCUGCGGAGAUCUACGACUUCACAAUGAACAGGGAAGCGACGGUGGCGGUCACAGCGUCAGGAGACAACCACGCCAAAGUCUUCUGCCUGCAAAGGCCCGACCGAUAAAAAAAAAUAAUAAAUAAUAAUAAUAAUAAUGAGGCGGGAAUUCUAAGGAGGACACUGCCUCAGAAUGUGAUUUCAUGUUUGAAUGAUAACAUUCAAAGGGAGAUGUAUUUUGUCUUCAUCAGCCAUUUUUAUGGUCAGUGUUCUGACUCCUGUCACCUUCAAUGUAAAUACAACAUGGAAAAAAUAUACCCAAAUUCAUUUUUUUGUAGCUCUGUGUUUUUUUUCUUUUUCUUUCUUCAAGCAAUCAAGUCAAGAAAAAUUAUCGGGAUUUGUAACCCUACAACAGGGCCUCAAACCUUUAAGGAAUAUAACUUAAUGGUUACCACGGACCCUCUCACAAACAACAAGUAAACAUAACUAUCAGAUGUAACGCAUACUACCAUCAGAAUUAAAAACUGCCUAUUUUAGAGGUAAUAAGUCAGACUGUUGUAAUUCAACUUUUGUCAUGGUUAUGUAACUUUUUGACUUAAAAAAGAUACGGACAUUUUCAUGUAGACAUUACAAAAACAAAUGUGACUUGAUGGAAUAUGUCAACGUGACGCAUUUGUGGCAAUUUUCAGGUUUUGUGCAAUAUUUUCCAUUAUCAGUUAUAACUCAAUGAUUUCUGCUCCUUUUUCUACCGUUUGCUUUUGCGGCGUUUCGAUUUUGUCAAACAAUUGUGGCGUUUCUUGGUUUUGGAUGACAUCCAUGUUGCAGUCGUGUCGGAUACGUACGAGAUUUAUAUCCACGUGAAAGAGGCCUGAGUAGGAGAUGAAAAAAUCUGAA